AACAAGCUCAAGGUUGCUGCUUGUUGCAAACACUACACAGCCUAUGAUUUGGAUAACUGGAAAGGUGUUCAGCGUUACACCUUCAAUGCUGUGGUGACACAACAAGAUUUGGAUGACACAUUCCAACCACCUUUUAAGAGCUGUGUGAUUGAUGGAAAUGUUGCUAGUGUCAUGUGUUCCUACAACCAGGUUAAUGGAAUACCAACCUGUGCAGACCCUGACCUCCUUAAGGGGAUUAUCCGAGGCAAAUGGAAAUUAAAUGGAUAUAUAGUUUCUGACUGUGACUCGGUAGAAGUGCUUUUCAAAGAUCAGCACUAUACCAAGACUCCUGAAGAAGCUGCAGCCCAAACCAUUCAGUCAGGGUUGGAUUUGGACUGUGGAAAUUAUCUAGGCCAAUAUACAGAAGGGGCAGUGAAGCAAGGGCUUGUGGAUGAAGCAUCCAUCAACAAUGCUGUCUCCAACAAUUUCGCUACAUUGAUGCGUCUUGGUUUCUUUGAUGGUGAUCCAAGCAAGCAGCCUUAUGGAAACCUUGGUCCAACGGAUGUAUGCACUUCAGCGAACCAGGAACUCGCUCGUGAAGCUGCAAGGCAAGGGAUUGUGUUGCUUAAAAAUAGUCCAGGAUCAUUGCCUUUCAAUGCCAAAGCCAUUAAAUCAUUGGCAGUCAUAGGGCCCAAUGCUAAUGCUACCAGGGUCAUGAUUGGAAACUAUGAAGGCAUUCCUUGUAAAUAUACAUCACCUUUGCAAGCCCUAACAGCCUUGGUUCCUACGAGCUAUGCUCCUGGCUGUCCGGAUGUGCAAUGCGCGAAUGCGCAGUUAGAUGAUGCCACAAAGAUAGCAGAGUCUGCAGAUGCAACAGUGAUUGUAGUGGGUGCAAGUCUUGCUAUAGAGGCUGAAAGUCUUGACAGAAUUAACAUUCUUCUACCAGGACAACAACAACUUCUAGUGAGUGAAGUUGCUAAUGUUUCCAAGGGACCUGUGAUUCUUGUCAUAAUGUCUGGUGGAGGCAUGGAUGUGUCCUUUGCUAAAAAUAAUGAUAAAAUCUCAAGCAUCCUAUGGGUUGGUUACCCUGGCGAAGCUGGUGGAGCUGCCAUAGCUGAUGUGAUUUUUGGCUUUUAUAAUCCCAGUGGAAGGCUACCAAUGACAUGGUAUCCACAAUCAUAUGUAGACAAGGUGCCAAUGACAAACAUGAACAUGAGGGCAGAUCCUGCUACAGGUUACCCUGGAAGAACAUAUAGAUUCUAUAAAGGUGAAACUGUUUUCUCCUUUGGAGAUGGAAUAAGCUUCUCAAGUGUUGAGCACAAAAUACUUUUGUUUUCUCUGUGA